AAGCUGUGAUCACACAGGAGAGAAGUGAGCAGCCUGCUCGGAGCCACCAACAGACAUGAGAUGGAGCCUCACGCCUGCAGUUCCCGGAGCCGCCGACAGGUGGUGUGUGUGCUGCAUGCAAAACAUCGAAAAUACAAACUGUGCCUUUGCUAUGUUAGCCACCAAGGAGCUUCUCAACGUUAGCUAGCAAAUAAAACCAUCAUUUUUGAUAUUUGGAAAAUGACAGUUUCUGCAGGAAAUUGACGAAAUCAUCCUCUUUGCAAAACCCCUCAACGUUUGGAUAAAUUGGUUUCAAUCCUUCUAUGAUUUAAAACGAGGUGCAGCUGAGACGAAACCUUCUUAUUGGGGUCCAGAGCAGUAGAAGCACCUCCUCCAGCAUUUCCAGAAAAUGUUAAAGAAAUGAUAGCAGCGCAGGAUUUGCACGCAGAGUUUCAAUUUCCUCCGGAGGCAGAAUCUCAGCUGUCUUCAGAUACCGACCUUGAGGAUCCUGAUGGCAAACAUGCAAAGACUGGAAAGGGACUGUCUGCCCGGAAAGGGAAGAAGGCGCUUGGAGACAAGGCCAAAGGUGGAGGAGCAGGGAGGGGUGGUGGUGCUGGUGCUGGCUGGGUGAAUGGCCAUCAUCAGGAGAAUGGGGCGGACAACAUGUCUCUGUUCGAGGUGGUUAAAAUGGGGAAGAGUGCCACACAGUCUGUUGUUGAUGACUGGAUUGAGGCUUACAAAAACGACAGGGAUGUUGCUCUCUUGGAUUUAAUCAACUUCUUCAUCCAGUGCUCAGGCUGUAAAGGUGCUGUGAGUGGAGAGAUGUUUAGAAAUAUGCAAAACUCUGAGAUCAUCCGAAAAAUGACAGAGGAGUUUGACGAGGACAGCGGCGACUAUCCACUAACUAUAUCAGGGCCACAGUGGAAGAAAUUCAAGACAAGCUUCUGUGACUUCAUUGCCGUUCUGGUGCGUCAGUGCCAGUACAGUAUCAUCUAUGACGAGUACAUGAUGGACACGAUCAUCUCCCUGCUCACUGGCCUGUCUGACUCACAGGUCAGGGCAUUCAGACACACAAGCACACUAGCAGCCAUGAAGUUGAUGACAGCCCUGGUGAACGUUGCUCUGAACCUCAGCAUCAACAUGGACAACACGCAGAGACAGUACGAGUCGGAGAGGAACAAGGUUGUUGCAAAAAGAGCAAAUGACCGGUUGGAGCUCCUGUUACAGAAGCGGAAAGAGCUUCAAGAAAAUCAAGAUGAAAUCGAGAACAUGAUGAACGCAAUCUUCAAAGGAGUGUUUGUUCACAGAUAUCGGGAUGCCAUCGCUGAAAUCCGAGCUAUUUGUAUUGAAGAGAUUGGCAUGUGGAUGAAGCUGUACAGUGACGCCUUCCUCAAUGACAGUUACCUGAAGUAUGUUGGCUGGACCAUGCAUGACAAGCAAGGUGAGGUGCGACUGAAGUGUCUGACGGCCCUUCAAGGUCUCUUCCACAACAGAGAGCUGGGAAUACGGCUGGAGCUCUUCACAAGCCGCUUCAAGGACCGCAUUGUGUCUAUGACUCUGGACAAGGAGUAUGAUGUUGCUGUGCAAGCCAUUAAACUUCUGACUCUGAUCUUACAGAGUAGCGAUGAGGUUCUAACUGCAGAGGAUUGUGAGAGUGUGUAUCAUCUGGUUUACUCAGCACAUCGACCCAUCGCUAUUUCAGCUGGAGAAUUUCUGUUUAAGAAGCUCUUCACCCAUCAAGGUCCAGUAGAGGAAGGACUCCCCAGAAGGGGGAGACAGAGUCUCAAUGGCAGCCUCAUCAAGACCACUGUCUUCUUCUUCCUGGAGAGUGAGCUCCAUGAACAUGGGGCCUACCUGGUGGACAGCUUGUGGGAGUGUGGGUCAGAGCUGCUGAAGGAUUGGGAGACCAUGAUCAGCCUGCUGUUGGAUGAGCCUAUACCAGGAGAGGAAGCCUUGACUGAUCGGCAGGAGACGGCUCUGGUGGAGAUCAUGCUGUGUGCUAUUCGUCAAGCGUGUGAGUGCCACCCUCCAGUGGGCAGAGGAACAGGGAAAAGGGUCCUGACUGCGAAAGAGAAGAAAUCCCAGCUGGAUGAUCGGACUCGAAUCACAGAGAUGUUUGCAGUCGCGUUACCUCUCUUAUUGGCGAAGUACUGUGUUGAUAUUGAUAAGGUGACCAAUUUGCUACAAAUACCAAAGUACUUUGAUCUCGACAUCUACACAACUGGCCGGUUAGAAAAGCAUUUAGACGCCUUGCUGCGCCAAAUGUGGGAGGUCCAGGAUAAGCACACAGACACUGAGGUCCUGGAGGCCUGCUCCACCACCUACCACUCUCUCUGCAACGAGGAGUUCACCAUCUACAAUCGUGUGGACAUCACCCGCUCCCAGCUUCUUGAUGAGCUUGUAGACAAGUUCAACAGACUCCUUGAGGACUUCUUGCAAGAGGGUGAAGAACCAGAUGAGGACGAUACAUACCAGGUUCUGUCGACCCUCAAGAAGAUCAGCGCUUUCCACAAUGCACAUGACCUCUCCAAGUGGGAUCUUUUCACCAGCAACUACAGGCUACUCAACACAGGGCUGCAGAAUGGAGACAUGCCUGAACAGAUUGUGAUCCACGCGAUGCAGUGCACACAUUACAUCAUCCUGUGGCACUUCGCAAAGGUUUCAGACAGCAGUUCAAUAAAGGGUGAUAUGGUGACCUUAAGAAAGCAAAUGAGAGCUUUCUGCUUAAUGUGUCAGCGUUAUCUGAACAGCAUCAACACUGCAGUGAAAGAACAGGCCUUCACCAUACUGUGUGAUCUAGCACUCAUCUUCAGCCAUCAAAUUAUGUCUUCAGGCCGGGAGCACCUGGAGCCUCUAGUCUAUACACCAGAUGUUUCUUUACAGGCAGAGCUGCUUCACUUCAUUCUGGAUCAAGUGUUCAUUGAUCAGGACGAUGACAACAACAGCACAGACGGGCAGCCAGAUGACGAAGCCAGUAAGAUCGAGGCUCUCCACAAGAGAAGAAACCUUCUAGCUGCCUAUUGUAAAUUAAUCAUUUACAAUGUUGUGGAAAUGAACACAGGAGCUGAAAUUUUUAAACAGUACAUGCGGUACUAUAACGACUAUGGAGACAUCAUCAAGGAGACGAUGAGUAAAACAAGACAAAUUGACAAAGUACAAUGCGCAAAGACACUCAUCCUGAGCCUGGAGACGUUAUUCAAUGAGAUGAUGUCUGAACAUGGCAUUAACGUGGACCGCUCAUCGUCGGCCUUCUGCGGCAUCAAAGAGCUUGCACGGCGCUUCUCGUUGACUUUUGGCUUGGAUCAGGUGAAGACCAGGGAAGCUAUUGCCAUGUUGCAUAAGGAUGGAAUAGAGUUUGCCUUUAAGGACCCUAGUCCCCAAGGAGAAGGAAGCCCUCCUCUUAAUAUAGCUUUCCUUGACAUCCUGAGCGAGUUUUCCAGUAAACUAAUGAAACAGGACAAGAGAACAGUUCACCUGUAUCUGGAGCGGUUCAUGACGUUUCAGAUGGCCCUGCAGCGAGAGGACUGCUGGCUGCCCCUCAUUUCAUACCGGAACUCCCUACAGGCUGGAAUGGACGAUGACACCAUGUCUGUCAUCAGUGGGAUCAGCAGUCGAGGCUCCUCUGUCAGAAGCAAGAAGGCUAAACCAGCUGCUGCAAGCAAACGGAAACUACCUGAAGAGAACAGCUGCAGCAGCAGUGAUGCAGUUUGGAUGAACCGUGAGCAGAAUGUGCAGACGCCAGUGAUGAUGCACUCGCCCCACCUCACCUCCACUGUGCUGAGGGAUCCAAAGAAGAUGAGACCAGAGGACAGCUACACCUAUAGCAUAGCAGCAGAGCAGCAUCCCCAUCAGCCAUUGACUCCUCAGCCACAGCAGCAGACCCACCAUCACCAUCAGACUGCUGUUGAUUACAAUACCCAGGUUACUUGGAUGUUGACACAAAGGCAACAAGCUGAGGCCCGUCAGCAGCAGGAGCGGGUCAGCAUGCACUACGCCAAGAUGAGGAACCACAUGCAGCAAGCCAUUCGUCGGGGCACUGGACUCAUGGAGGAUGAUGAGGAGCCCAUAGUUGAGGAUGUGAUGAUGUCAUCAGAGGAUCGUUUGGAGGACAUCAAUGAGGGCAUGGAUUUUGACACAAUGGACAUUGAUCUGCCGGCAUCAAAGAAUCGAAGAGAGAGAACUGAGCUAAAGCCGGACUACUUCGAUCCAUCUUCCAUCAUGGAUGAUUCAGUUCUCAACGUUCCAAUGUUCUAAAAAAAAGUGGAUGGAUCAAGGAGGAAGUGUAAUGAAAAUCUUUGGAGGGUAACAAUGGAUGACUGUUCUCAGUGAAAAUCAGGAUGGAUGAAAUGGACUACUAAAAAGGGUUUUUGAGACACCAACGUUUGCCUCUUCGAUACUUUGUUAAAAUUUUGGGGAGAGCCUGACUUUAAUUUUUUCUGAUAUUUUCGCAAACCGGACUUUUGUCACACUGCAGCAGAAAUGUAAUGUAUGUAACACAACGUAAUGUGAGCUUCUACUGAGGUGAAACACAUUAUGUGAUGGGUGUGUGGUAAGAGGACAAUAAUAGACUGGAUUUUAAAUGAAUAAUAUAUACCUUUAAACUUUUUCAUUCAGCAGACAAACUGUCUGAUGUAAAUACAUAACGGCCAAUAUACAGGAGGGGUGAACACAACAUCACAAACACCAGUGAACAGAGAUGUAAGCCCUGCUUGAUACAAUCACACCACCUUCUUGAUGCUUUAAGUGUUCAGCUUUUGAAGACUAUCAACGCACUGCAUUCUGUCAUAGAGGUGUGACUCUAAUUCAAUAGUCAUUUUACAGCCAUAUUCUUAGAAAUGAUUCAAUCAAUGCCUCUCUGACGCAAUGUUAACUCAAAUUGAACACAUUAAGCUUCUUUAAGACUGUUGAAUUGGCCUGUUUUACAUUUUAAAGGUGCCAGUGAUGUUGCGUUCACUGUCCAUACUUUAAAACUGUAGACUGCGGCAUGGCAUGUAGCCAUAUAUGAAAACAUGUACACAGUAAAUAUAAUGUGAAUUGGCGUCUCAUACUGUUCAAAGGCCUCGCCACAAACGAUAUACGACAUUCUCAGAUUACUUUGUGAUGGUAUUUUUUAGAAAUGUAAUGUGUUCUGCUUUUAUACCUUAUAGAUGACUUUGAUUUAUAGAUAUUUUGUAAUGACAAUCAAAUGUAAAUUAAUGGUUUCUAAUCAUGUUAUUUCACAUAGAUGCUGAAAUAAUCCUUUUUAAUGAAAUUGAUUAUGUUACUAUAGAUACAGCCAGCUGUUUGUAUUUCCUUUUCAUGUCUCUACAACGAUUGGAUGCAUAAGUAAUGAAUAGCUCAAAUGUAGGAGUUUGACAAAUUAACGGCUGCAUCUAGAACUAUUUUUUAAUAUUGGGAGCAUACACAGUGUCAUACAUACACUUUUAAAUCCACCUUUAACAUAUAAUCUCUCCUAUACCUUGAAUAUUUUUCUCCACUGUAUAGUAUCUAAUAGUACCUGAUAAUACAUCAUGCCAUAUUUGCAGUCUUUUGGGGAAAGGAUUUGAACAGCGGUUGGGAAAGGUGUGUGCUGACUUGUUUACUGUUUUCUUUUUUUCUUUCUUUUUUGGAUGCAAGUGUGCAGAGGAAUUUUCAAAAUGCCAAUUUAUUUGAUGUACCACUGUUGGUUGUAUAAGAGUUAUAGAAUUAUUCUAAAGUACAAAGUUUUAGAAUUCUCCGGUCUACUAUCAAAGCACCAAAAUUGUAUAUUAUACACUUACAAAUGUGUAAUACAUUGUGGCUCAGUACUCCCUUUGUGUCUGCAGGUUCUGUUUUCUUGAGAUUUUAGGGAAAGAAAUAUAAUGUAACUAUACAAAGUAAACCUUCUAAUUUCGAACCUCCAAUAUAGAAUAAUGUUUUGUUUGUCUUUCAGUGAAUUGAUGAGAUAUUUUUUUCUUCCUGUGUGUCGGCCUGGUUGGCAGAUUCAGAUUAAAUGGAAAAAAGUGUAUUCAUAUUGUAGUUAGAAAAAAAAUCCCCAAUUUCAUCAGAAUCUCAUUAUAAACUGGAGAAACGGAUCAUAUGGUCUGAAACAUUAACCAUAUACAGUUCAUAUUAUCAUGUUAGGCAGAUGUUAAAAACACAUUUUAGAAUUUCCUGUAAAUCUACAUUUAUUGUGUCAUCUGGGAUCUUUUCUGUUUUGCAUUGAACUGCUGAAAAUGUGCAUACAUCUGUAUGUUUACACAUAUUUAAAUAUUUGUGUAUUAAAAUUUGUGUAUUUA